AUGGCAAUGAACAAUGGAUCAUCAGCAUCAUCAAAAGGUCUGAUCGUGAGCUUUGUCUCCGGUGUAUCACUCGCUGAAGCACCAGGCUUUCUCAAAGCCCCAGGCGGUGCUCCGGCGAACGUGGCUAUAGCCGUGACUCGGCUAGGUGGUAGAGCCGCCUUUGUCGGCAAGCUCGGCGACUACGAGUUCGGUCACAUGCUCGCAGGUAUACUGAAAGAGAAUGGUGUUUCCGGCGAUGGGAUCAACUUCGACAAAGGUGCGAGGACUGCUCUGGCGUUCGUGACUCUACGUGCUGACGGUGAGCGUGAGUUCAUGUUCUACAGGAACCCCAGUGCCGACAUGCUGUUAACGCCGGAGGAAUUAAAUCUUGAGCUUAUUAGAUCUGCAAAAGUCUUCCACUAUGGGUCAAUCAGCUUGAUCGUGGAGCCAUGCCGAUCAGCACAUUUAAAGGCUAUGGAGGCGGCGAAGGAUGCCGGAGCUUUGCUCUCUUACGAUCCCAACCUCCGGCUACCAUUGUGGCCGUCGGCCGAGGAGGCGCGUGAGCAGAUAAUGAGUAUAUGGGACAAGGCAGAUGUGAUCAAGGUUAGCGACGUGGAGCUAGAAUUUCUCACAGGCAGUGAUAAGAUUGAUGAUGAGUCUACAAUGUCAUUGUGGCACCCAAAUUUGAAGCUUCUCUUGGUGACCCUCGGAGAAAAUGGUUGCAAAUAUUACACUAAGAAUUUCCAUGGAGGUGUGGAAGCUUUUCAUGUCAAAACAGUGGAUACAACCGGGGCUGGUGACUCCUUCGUUGGUGCUCUUUUAUGCAAGAUCGUCGAUGACCAAGCCAUACUGGAGGCAAGUAUUAAAACUGUUAUUCUUUACGAUGAAGCAAGGUUGAGGGAAGUUCUGAGAUUUGCAUGUGCAUGUGGAGCCAUCACUACCACCAAGAAGGGAGCAAUCCCUGCUCUUCCCACUGUAUCAGCAGCCCACGGUCUUAUUAAAGGAGAAUAG